AUGUCGUCUUGCUGUGUAACCGGAUUCAACUGGGAUGGAAAGCCAUCAGGCAAAGAAGAGAAAAUCGCUGGUCUCAACACCUACGUCGCCGGCAGCAACAGCGAUGUUGCCAUUCUCAUGAUCCACGAUGUCUUCGGCUGGACAUUCACCAACCUCCGACUCCUCGCCGACCACUUCGCCAAGGAGGUCAACGCAACCGUCUACCUCCCCGACUUCUUCGGCGGCGAAGUCAUCGAGCCCGCCAUGCUGUCCGACCCAGCGAAGCGCGGCCAGUUCGACCUCAUGGCCUUCAUCGGCCGCAACACCAAGGAGAUCCGCUACCCCGAGAUCGAGAAGACCGCAAGGGAGCUCAAAGAGAGCAAGGGGUACAAGAAGAUCGGCACCAUCGGAUACUGCUACGGCGGCUGGGCCGUGUUCCAGCUCGGCGCCAAGGGGAAGGGCUUGGUGGACUGCAUCAGUACGCCCCACCCUAGUCUGUUGACCAAGGAGGAGAUCGAUGCUGUUGGUGUGCCUGUGCAGAUUCUGGCACCAGAGCACGAUCCCCAGUACACCGCCGAGCUCAAGGAGCACAGCUUGAAGGUCAUCCCGACGCUCGGUGUCGACUUCGACUACCAGUACUUCCCCGGCAUCGCGCACGGCUUUGCUGCCAAGGGUGAUAAGAACGACCCCAAGCAGAAGGCUGCGCUGGAGAGGGCCAAGAACUCUGCUGUCGCUUGGUUUUCGCAGUACUUGCACUUGAAUGCGUAG